AUGAGAUUUUGCAAUUAUGCACGCCGACUGUUUGGCGCUGUGCCAAGUUCGAGCCAACCACAAUGUCAUCCGGAACCUGGAUUUAAGUUAGGAUGUUCCUCUAUCGCAACCUCGUGGACUCAGUCGAUUUUAAGACGUGAGUUCGCCGCCGGCAGCGCCGCUAAGCUGAACGCCAUCACCUCUGCUCUGCCGGGCAAGAACCGGAUGUUGACGAAGGCCGAGUUGAAAAACUUUCCCGGCCACCUUCAGCGUUACAAGAAGUACGGCGGCCUGCCCGAGUUCCACAACGUGGACCGCAACAGCCACGGUUUCAUCGCGCUACCCACCGACCGCUUCAUGCUGGUGCUCACCACCUCCAAGAACAACGUACAUGCGCAGCUGGUGAAUCGCAGCCGUGACAAGCGCACAGUGUUUGGAUCGUUCGCUGGCAAUGUCGGCAUCAACAAGAAGCAGCAGCAGACUGAGCGCUGCGCAUAUCGCAUCGGUGAGAACAUGGCCAAGAAGUGCAAACGCCUGGGGGUCUUUGCCGUCGACGUCAAAUUCCGCAGGCUUAUGCGGAUAGAGACGGUGCUGCAAGCCUUCCAGGCAGAGGGCCUGCAGGUUGGCCAGCUGAUACACGAGCCACGCCUCCCCAAGACGGGCAUAAACUCAGUGCGCCCUAGGCGCCGCAGGAGGGUAUAA